AUGUCUCUCCCCCUUCGCCGCCGUCGCCGCUCUUCCUCACCCUCGCAAAGCUCCUCCUCCUUCCCCCCCGAUCUUACCGCAGAGAUGACAGCCGAAGCGAAACUGGAGGACGCCGAGCUCGCCACCGCCGCCGCCGUCCCUGCUGCGGGGGUGGAACAGAGCAAGGUGGUGGACGGCGCCGCCAAGUUGGCGUCGGAAGAGGAGAAGGCGAGCGAGGAAUCUGCGCCGGCGGUGAUGCAGAAGAGCUCCUCCUUCGUGGAGGAGAGGAGCUUCGUCUCCGAUCUGAAGGACCACGAGAGGAAGGCGCUGAUGGAUCUGAGGGCCAAGGUGGAGGAGGCCAUCCUGGGGAAUACGCUCUUCGCCCGGAAGGAGAAGAAGCCAACGAAGGAGAAAAGGCACAAGGGGGAGAAGAAGCCCCAAGAGGAGGAGGAGGAGGAGGAGGAGGAGGAGGAGGAGGCUCCUCAGAAGGCAGGGAAGGAUGAGCAGAAAGAAGCUGGGGAAGAGGAGAAGGCCGUGAAGGAGGAGAAGAAGGAAGAGGAGGAGAAGGACGAGAACAGGGAAGAGAAGAAGCUUGAAGAGAAGGCAGAAGAAGAUGAAGAGAAGAUUCCUGAUGACGCAAAACCCUCUGAUCUGAAGCCUGAAGAUCCGGCCGAUGCCGGCAUUUCCCUGUGGGGAGUCCCCCUGCUCCCGAGCAAGGGAUCGGAGAAGACCGACGUCGUCCUGCUCAAGUUCCUCCGCGCCAGGGAGUUCAAGGUGAAGGAGUCCUUCGAGAUGCUCGCCAACACCCUCCAAUGGAGGAAGGAGGCCCACAUCGAUUCUCUCUUGGAGGAGUACCUGGGGGAGGGGCUGGAGGCGGCCGCCUACAUGGACGGCGUCGAUCGGGAGGGCCACCCUGUGUGCUACAACAUCUACGGGGUCUUCCAGGACUCGGCGGUGUACGAGAAGGCAUUCGGAUCUGAGGAGAAGGUCGAGAAGUUCCUCCGGUGGCGGUUCCAAAUGAUGGAGAAGGGGAUCCAGAACCUUGACUUCCGCCCUGGCGGGGUGGCUUCGAUCCUUCAGAUUUCAGAUCUGAAGAACUCGCCAGGCCUCUCCAGGAAAGAGCUCCGCAACGCGAUGCAGAGGGCCCUGGGGCUUCUCCAGGACAACUACCCGGAGUUCGUCGCCAAGAAUGUGAGCUUUUCUGCCCUAAUCUUCCUCAUCUCCCAAAUACCACAGAGAUCUGCAGUCUCCCUAAAAUCCCGUGGUUGCAGAUCAUCAUCAACGUGCCCUUCUGGUACUACGCUCUCAACGCCCUUUUGUCGCCAUUCCUAACCCAGAGGACCAAGAACAAGUUCGUCGUGGUUCGCCCCUCCAAGGUCACAGAAACCCUCCUGAAGUGAGCGACUCAAUCCUGCAACAGUCAUCUCCCCUACCCCUUCUGCAACUAUUCGCUCUUUUAAUCAUUCAAACUCAAUCCUCCUCCGACAGGUACAUCCCCGCUCACGCCAUCCCCGUCCAGUACGGCGGCCUGCGGCGGGAAAACGACGACCAGUUCUCUGGCCUCGGAGACGACGGUGGGGUCUCCGAGCUCGUGGUCAAGCCUGGGUCAGUCGAGAACAUCGAGAUUCCUGUUCCAGAGGUACCCAUUUCCUGUUCUAGCGGUCGACGAGAUGUUCAAACCGAUUGCAGAUCAUUCUGAUGCAAUGAAUAAAUCUGCAGGUCGGAUCCACCACUGUUUGGGAUUUGGCCGUGGUGGGGUGGGAGGUCAACUACAAGGAGGAGUUCGUCCCCAGCGACGAAGGUUCGUACACCAUCCUCCUCCAGAAGGGGAAGAAGAUGGGGGCCCAGGAGGAACCAGUGAGGAACUCGUUCAAGAACAGCGAGCCCGGGAAGGUCGUUCUGAUAAUCGAGAACGCAACGUCCAGGAAGAAGAAGGUCCUGGUCAGGCGAAAGGUGAGGACCCCUGCAUCAUCCUCGUGA